CUCCCUCCUACGGAACAUAGAAACGCCCAUAAAAAGAUGGCGGGCUGUCGAGUGGCGAGCUGGAUCCCUCGAUUCUUUCAUCCCAACUUUUCCACCGCUUUUCCAACAACAGCAGCAAAACACAAGAUACCUCAGGGCUGCCAUGCAUGGAUGUGUGCCAGGCUAGCUUUUAGUACGUCAGCUGUGAACUAUAGUGAAGUAACAGUUGAGUACAGAAGCGGGCUGCCCAGUGUGACGGUCCCACUGCCAUCUAAGAAUGACAGGUGUAGGUUCACGCUCAAACCCAUCAGUAACACAGUAGGGGACUUCCUGAGGUACCUGAAGGAUGAAGAUGGGGGCAUUGAGAGGACUGCCAUAUACACAACUGAGGAUGUGAAGAUUGCACAAUCAACCACCAUCGACCAGUUGGUGCAGAAUGACUUCAAACUUCUUAUCAACGACACCAUGUAUACUGUCCAGGCACCAGACCAAGGGAGGUUACUGUCCAUGUCUGAGGACGUGACGACCAUGGAUGACAUCAAGGCCAUGAUCGCCCAGCUGCACACGUCCCUCAACAUCGAGCAGUUCCAGCUGCAGAGGGAACAGGACAUCCUCAAGAAGAUGGAGGACCUUCAGGUGGAGAUUGAACCUCUGGAGAAGGUUAGAAAGGAGCUUGACACACGUGCUGAGAAACGCACCACCUUCAUAGUGUACUCCGGGCUCGCGUACAUGGCCUUGCAAUUCGGCCUGUUCGCUCGCCUGACUUGGUGGGAAUACUCGUGGGAUAUCAUGGAACCCGUGACGUAUUUUACUGGAUAUGCGAUGUCGAUGGCUGCAUACGCUUACUUCAUUGUCACGAGACAGGAGUAUGUGUACCAGGAUGCUGCAGACCGUCAGUACCUCCUGGGCUUCCACAAGAAGGCCAAGAAGGUCAAGUUCGACGUUCAGAAGUACAACUUCCUGAAGAGCCAGAUCUACCAGUGUGAGGUGGACCUGAAGAGACUUAGGGACCCCCUGCAGCUUCACCUGCCCAUGAAAGACGCAGAAGACAUCGCUAGGCAGGACUAAUGACCGCUGGGGAGAUUAGUAUAGAUUUUACAAAUAAAAUGUGCUCAUAAAUGUAGUCUGUUCAUGAUCAUAUGCGCAUGGUUGGCUGUAGCAUCAAGCAUGGCUGUCAGUUAGGUCCACAGUAGCCUCCGAUUUGCACUGGCUGCACUUCAAUUGCCACAAAUAUGCAAACGAGUCCUAAUUUGCAUAUGUGUGUUCCUAAUUUGCAUAUUUGUGACAUCUUAGUGUUGCCAUUUUGUUUUAUAUGCCUGUACACCUUGUGUGUUGUUAACUUCUAUUGCUAACAGAUAACAUGAAUACAGGUUGAGGUUAGCAUUAGUUGUUUUUGACGACUGAUGCACUGCCUGUUAAUGUGCUAUGCAAUAAAAACUUUGCGGGAACGGUGGUUGCAACUCAAGCAUUAGCGCAGAGAAGUUUCCACCAGUUCCUCCAGUAAGAGUGGCCAUGGCUGAUACGUGAUAGGGCUAUCCAGUCAGUUUACCUAGCUACCUGCUCCAGACCUUGGCCACAUUACCAUGUACAUCUACAUGUAUGUCCAUGUGAUUAUGUCCUUUCCAUAUUAACUGCCUGAUACAGUGAGGCUUCCCUAGCUACCAGUGUAACUUUUAUCAUUCACUUCACAUAAUCCUUUGCUAAACUCUGGCCUCAAGUUCUCAGAUGCAUUGUCUGGACUCAACAUGGCACUCAGCAGCCAUAUCAAAUUCAUCCCAGCUCGAAAUGACCCUGCAUGGUACUGGUGCAUUGAGAAAAACUGUCUAUUUCACGCCUGUUUUGCAGGGUUACGUCAAACUGGGAUAAAUGGCUGCCGGGCGUCAAGGAUUUUGAUGCAUUUUGGGAUUAAAAGUCAAAGCUAUGCAAAGGAUUAUGGGAAAGUGAUUAAUCCUGUUAAAUCACUGAAGUAGAGCUGUUUCACUAUAAUAGUUCCAGAUGAAGUGUUAGCCAGUCUGUAUUUGGCAAAUCUGUGCAACUCUAUCUCCAACUCUCAAAUGCUUCUCAAGGGUAUCCCAGCUUAAAUCCCUUUCUCUUGUCUGAUUUCUUGGCAUCCCUGCAGGCAUUAACCACCCUCCACUCCAUUACACACUGAUGCAGAACUGAUAUGUAUCUCAUAUUCUGUACAUAGUUGAGGCAACAGAUCCAACUGGCAUACUAGUACCAUGUGGAAAUAUCCAAGUCAAGGAAAGAAAAUAUCUUGUCCAUUUAUUAUAUUCUACUGGUCGUGCUUGCUUCAUCCUAUUAAUGCACACAAAGUCAACCAUUCCAUUUAUGGUGCACAAUUGUUUAGAUGGUGUUUUUUUUUUGUUUUAUUUUGGAUAUACUAUAGUUGUUCGUACAGUGGCUGCUUGUCAUAUUGGAUGUUUAAGAUUUCUUUCAACGACGCACAAACAGAAACAAAUGAACGGUAGCCAAGACUGAUAUCUUGGUUGUACAAGUUGUGUUGUGUGUGUGGGUGGACUAAAAAAGAUUUUCCUGCCCCCAAGAAGCACUAGAGAAGAGCCCCCUUAUCAGAUUUAACUCUCUGUAGUAAUAUUCAAGAAUCUAACACGAUGUAGAUAGGCAUGAUAAAGACAGGAGCUAUUUGCUGUGCUGUGCUAGAGGGGGAAGUGACAAAUGAGUGUGGAAAUUUCCAAACUUGACUAAAACUGUACAGAGAAAUCCAUUUUGAAAGUCUGCAAAAGAUCCUAAUCAAUAAGACAGUCUAGAUAGAGCUCAAGUUUCUCAGGGUUUAUUAAAGCCAUGGGAAGCACAUCAGAAGGUUUUGACUGGAGCAGAAAGUCUAUAGAUGUACUGGAAUGUCAUUAGAUUUAGCUUGGUGGGAAGCUGUUGAGGAAGUAAUGGUCAUAUGAAAUGUGUCACCAGGUUAUUUGCUUGGUGAAAAGGUGUAGAAAAGGCAAGGAAGUUGCAGAAUUUCAAGAAAUUUGUGAUGAUGGACCUUCUGAAUUGUAGCACACACCUUAACACCUUCAUGUUCUUAAACGUUUUCUGAAGGAACAAGAGCUGUCUCCUUGAUGACUUGUCAUCUCCAAGGAGAUGUCAGAGGCUUGCUAUAGUCUGUGUGCACAGAAUAUAAUGAUUACAGCAUGGUUUAACCUAUAAUGAUGUUUGCCAUGCACCAAAUAACUAAAGGGUUCUUAAUGUUGACAGGAUGUAUGCAUGUCAGAAAUAUUGCUCGUAGACAGCAGGUAUUAUUUUUUCAUAAAGCAGCAACUUAAGCCAUGCCCGCAGCUAUGGUAUGUAGACAACGCUGAAGUUUUGAUUAGGAUCAUUGACUGCAGUUCAAUCUUGAAAGCUUGAUGCUGUCUAGAGUAACCAGUAUUGUUGACUGAUGACCAGUGUUCUAGCCAGCCUGAUUUGUUUUCCUUCAUCUCAAUUUUGUUUGACGUAACAUCAUGUUAAGCACCAGAGGCACAAAAAUCCUAGCGCGGUCUGUGGGAAUUCUCCCCCAGGAAAAUUUUUAAUCUGAAAUGCUAUUUCCUGCAUUUUGAGGGGCAUAUAUUACAACAUUAAUGUUAAAUGUUAGUUUUAAUCACUUUUCUUUCCAUAUGUAAUAUGUAUAAAAUCAAGACACUAACUUUUGUCCGUCAAACUUUUUUUUGCCAUUGUAAGAAAAAAUUCUAUCAAUUGACAGAAAGACAGGCACUGGCUAGGACACUGCGCUUCUCAAAUUGGCAUACACAUGUAUAUCAAGACUUGAUAUAUGCCAUGAUUAGCUUACGUAUGUACAAAGGUGGUGGCUUGCUAUAUGCACCAAUAUCCAAAUUGAAUGAGAGUUACAUGUAACUCAGGUUACAUGUAGUAAAUACGUAUAUACCUUGUACCAUAUUUGGGACGUUUUGUGGGGUUUGUUGCUGCCUGGUUAUUAAUUAGAAAUAAAAUGUGUGUGUUUUAAUAUCUGUUAAUUUUUCUUUAUUCAAGUGUAUUGAGGAUUGUUAACUUUGUUGCCCUAGAGGUGUAGAUGGAAAAUAUGGAAGAUAUUUUGUGAGGAAAUAUUCCUGAAUUGUAGGUCUCAAUGUGAUACAAUGAAGACAAUCAGUAGUACUUUACCACAGAACAUACAGUACACUAUGGGUUUUGUACAUCAAAUACUGUCAAUUGCUAUGUAACAAAACGUACCUGUACCACCUACAAGUAGCUCAAACUUUAAAAUAAUAAUUGCAGUUGAGAAAUCAUCCAAAUGUUGGCUAAAGUAGUGUAAAGAGAUGCACAGAAAAUUAAGGAUCACCAAUUCCGAAAACAGAGUUCUAACCUCCUAUUUUGCUGAGUUUGUGCUAAGAAAAGUAUUAAAGUAAGACUGGUUAUCGAAUGUGACACAUGUACCUUGCAGCCAAAUAUGGAUCUUGUACUUGGGUAAAAUUGAGCACGCUGCACUUAAUAAAUUUCAACACUACGUCUUGUUACCAUGUGUGAAGUAAGGUAUGUACAAAAAAGGACACCAUACAUUGUGACUUUGAUGUCAAGGUAACAGUUUUCUGGUGGUUGAAAAAUAAUGGUGUGAAUCCUGAUGUGAGCAAUAAGGGAUAGUCACAAAUGUUGCUGCUGUUUUCAAAUGAAAAUGCUUUUGAAAGAGCCAAAGUGAUGUGAGAUUGGCAUUAGAUUCAAAGUCAUAUGUACAUUGUAGCACAUUCAUGGGUCACAUAUUACACUGGAUUCCACAAAUUAAAGCAUGUAUCUUUUAGGCUACUUUCUAGCAACAAAAGUGACUUCAUUUGGAGAUGACUGUGACUUUGUGAGACCCUCCCUAAGGAUAGAAUUGUACAUGCACAUUCGCUGCUGCUCAUUGUUUACAUGUUCAUGUGAGGAAACUUUGUGCUGUAGCUGUCAGACCAUGUAUUGCUGUUACAGUAUCUUGUUGCUUUCUUUUUGUGUUUGUGCGAUGUUUAGGAUAAAGAACAUUUCUGCCAAGGAAGCUCAGAAAGCCAAUUCAUGCUGCCUGUAUUAGAUUUGAACCCACAAUAUUGCUUCAUUCUAUGCAAAGAAUUUAAGGUCCUGUGCAGAAAGUUUGGACGUGAACAUCAGAUGUUUGUAAGAUAUGCUAAAGACAUUGUGGAUUUGGAAAUUCUCUUACUAUUGCAGAUUUCAUAGUUCAGGAUUUUUUGGCCGCAUGAUGAUAACAUGAUUCAAUGUUACUUACAGAAAAAUGCAUUUGACAGAAAAAAACACUCAAUACACCAAAUUUCUAUUGGUUACAGUAUACAAUAUAACGGGGUAAAAGUACAAAUGUAGGGGGAGAGCAGUUAUUAGAAUGGAAAAGGACUAAAAAAGAAUUCUGUUGGGAGAUGUUACCGUUACAGUUGAAACAUUGAGAGCUAAGAGGAGGGGCAGAAAUAUUCCAGAUGACCCCCUAGUUCAAGAUAGAACUAAUCUUCUAGUGUACUAAUGGACGUUUAGUGAGAAGAGAUGUGGUAGUACAGGGAUUUUCCCACUCAGAAGUAGGUGGUGCUAGACUAGAUUAAAAUCUGGAUGUACACAAAAUGGGGACUAUUUUUACAGCUACAUAUAGACAUUGUUAUGAGUACACAACAACUGAGGCCAAAUGACAUCGUUGGAAAGGAAAUUGUCAAUGUACUUAACGCUCUAGCUUGCUGCAAAUGCAUCAUGUAAGAAAGUUGCACACAGCAUUUUUAGACACUUCUGUGUCUUAUGUCAUCUGCACCUUUUGAGAACCACUUAUUGAAAAGGAAAUUUUGCAUUAACAUGUACUCUAAUAAGAACAAUUUGGAAUUUAAAAUGAAGUAUUAUAAUGAUAUAAUGGCAUGUUUUGGUAGCUUAGAGAGAAUGCGAUACUAUAAUAAAAAAUAUAGAGGUAGGCAAGAAAUGGGUGAGAAACUAUAAUUACUGCUGAUGUUCAGAGCUCGAGAGCACGGGAAAUUUUAUACUGUUUGUAAAUACAGGGGGAAUUGCUGGGUACAUUGCUACAAUGAGAAAACUUGCACAUGUAUUUCUACUGCAGUCUCAAAGUUGAUACUCCAGGAGCUAUAGGUUGUCAUGAUAAGACUGUAGAUUUGAACCAAGCCUGUAUUGCCAACAUUUCUCUAACUUAGGUAAGAGUUGUUACGCUGUUAGAUAAAAUCAUGGACUGUUCUGAUGUUACUUCUCAAAGUGGUUUGUUCCAAUGUUUGUUUGCUGUUGAAAGUAAAGUCUCACUCUGUUUUUGGCAACGCCUCAGGGGUGGGGGCAUUUGUUAACUGUUGUGAUUUAGUACUAAUAUUGUAUGUAUUGUAUACAUACUUGUAAUGGUUUGAUGUUGUUGGUACCGAAUUUUCAGGUGUGUAUUUUUCCCAGGUAGUAAAACAGUUCAGUUUAAUCGGUGGUAAACAGUAUGGAUUUGUUCUUACCCAAUAUGAAUUCAUCACUGUCUUUUUCACAAUAUUGUUACUGUAAAAACAUUUCCACUCAUGACAUACUGGAUGAACAUGUAUAUGUAGCAUUGCCAUUGGCAUACUUGUAGGGAAAUGGUGUUGCCUAAUGCAUGGUGUUCAGAAUGCACAUUUCAGUGUACAUCUGCAAUGGAGGACUGUUCAGGGCUUUCAUUCGAGGGGUUGCUCUCCACAAUGCACCCAUGGUUCAUUUCUAGCAUUUGGCAUACCAAUUUUCCAGCGGGAAAAAAAGUUAGAUCGGCAGGUUUUUCCUAGGCUUAGUCUGGUUGAGAGAAACAACUAUUUUUCGCCUUAGCCAGAUAGCAACCAUGUUUUAGCAAACUGAAAGCACUCCUCUGGACUUCCCUGAACAGUUGCUCGGAAAUGACACUGGCAAGAGGGUAGAGGAAAAAGACCAAUAGACCAGAGGUGGAGGUUUGUUCUGAGGAAGAGAAAUGCGACUGUGUUGCUGGAUUGGUUUGACACUGUGCCUUGGCUUUUGCAACUAAAAGCUAGGCACUGCUAUAGCUACUGUUUGUUUCCAGGGUUAUAAAUGUGAUAAGGGUUGGAAUCCUGAAUACGGACAGUACUGAGGACAGUUCAGUAGAAGGCAUGACAAACUGUAUGGACUUGUGCAGGGCUAUGCAAAUGAUGUGUAACUGUCAAGCAGAUAUUUGGGUGAAGGAUUGUAACAUUUCGUGGUUGCCAAAUCAUUUUAUUCCUUACCUAUCAUUGAGACAAUGUGUGUAAGAAACCUUUGGCAGUCAAAAUUUUAUAAUCUUCCAUCCACCAUCUGCUUGGAGAUGAUGUUCGUUCUGUCCAGGAUGAUUCAGUUUCUAUUGAAAACUUGAGUGUGUAUGAAAAUUGUGUAAGAACCUUACUGAACGAAUACAAAAGCAUCAUGAUCAGGUGGAUUAGUCAGGAACAGUUUUGCACUGUUGUUUAACAAGUUUUAACUGACUGUGUGACAAAAUACAUGUACAGGUACUUUUACAUUAUGUUUCAAAUAAAAUUUUGAUUGUGUUGGUCUGAAUAGAGUAUUGUCAGUCCCACAUUGCA